GCUCGUGCCUGAUAUAUAAGGAGGUUCCGUGACCGGCACUUUUCAUAGACAGAUCUGAACGGCCUCGGAGAACAGCUGCCUGGUCAAAAGACACCGAUAUCUUCCGCCCAGACACCCAUGGACGCUGGCUUUGUAAAUGCGUUCUAAGUGGACACAAGACGCCAGCAGCGGCGGCAAGACUCACACCCCGGGGUGCUGCAAAGUCUCGGAGUUCACAGCGGAGCCUCCCUGGGUGCACUGACCUGGGCUUGUUGCAUUCUUCAAAACAACAUAAUCCAUUAUAAACCCAAAUAGUCACAAUGCCAGAGUACAUCCAGGAAUCAGACUUCACCAUGGUGGAGGAAGGAUUUGUUGCCAGAGACCUAAUGGAGGAAAUUAUCAAUGAAGUCUCACAGACUGAAGACAGAGAUGCCUUCUUUGUUGCUGACUUGGGGGAUGUGGUGAAGAAGCAUUUACGCUUCUUGAAAUCUCUUCCACGAGUGAAACCGUUCUAUGCUGUGAAGUGUAAUAGCAGUAGAGGCGUGGUACAGAUACUAGCUGAACUAGGAGCUGGAUUCGAUUGUGCCAGCAAGGCAGAGAUUGAACUAGUCCAGGGAAUUGGUGUGAAGCCUGAAAAUAUAAUUUAUGCAAACCCCUGUAAGCAAAUAUCACAAAUUAAGUUUGCAGCCAAGAAUGGGGUGCAAAUGAUGACCUUCGAUAAUGAAGUUGAGCUUUGCAAGGUCUCGCGGAGUCACCCGAAUGCUAAGAUGGUACUGCGCAUAGCUACAGAUGACUCCAAAUCCUCUGCCCGUCUGAGUGUAAAGUUUGGGGCUCCUUUAAAAACCUGCAGGCGCCUCCUUGAAAUGGCAAAGAAUCUUGGUGUAGAUGUCAUUGGUGUCAGUUUUCAUGUGGGCAGUGGAUGCAGUGACCCACAGGCUUAUGUCCAAUCCAUUGCAGAUGCCAGGCUAGUGUUUGAAAUGGCAUCUGAAUUUGGUUUCAUCAUGAAGCUGUUGGAUAUUGGAGGAGGUUUCCCUGGGACAGAAGACUCUAAAAUCAGAUUUGAAGAGAUUGCAGCUGUGAUAAAUCCAGCGCUGGAUCUUUAUUUCCCAGAAGACUCCUCAGUGGAAAUCAUUGCUGAACCAGGGAGGUACUAUGUGGCAUCGGCUUUCUCUUUGGCUGUUAACAUCAUUGCCAAGAAAGAAGUGCAUCUUGAACAGUCUGGAUCUGAUAAUGAAGAAAAUAGUCUCAACAAAAGCAUAAUGUACUAUGUUAAUGACGGUGUGUAUGGAUCCUUCAACUGCAUUUUCUUUGAUCAUGCUCACCCAACACCCAUUCUUUACAAGAAGCCCUCCCCGGAUCAGCCUGUGUUCAGCAGUAGUUUGUGGGGACCCACAUGUGAUGGUUUGGAUCGAAUCGCUGAACAUGUUGAGCUGCCUGAGCUACAUGUUGGUGACUGGCUUUUGUUUGACAACAUGGGUGCCUACACAGUAGCAGCUUCAUCUAAUUUCAAUGGCUUUCAGCUGUCACGAAUUCACUACGCUAUGCCGCGGAUGGCCUGGGAGGCUGUACAGCUGUUGCAGAGAGGGUUCCAGCAGACUGAAGAGAAAGAGACCAUUUGUACUCCAAUGAGUUGUGGCUGGGAAAUCUCUGAUUCAUUGUGUUUCCCUCCUUCUUUUACUCCUACUGGCAUCAUUUGAAUUGUCUCAACAAUGGUGUCGUAGCAUUUUACCUUGCUGUGCUGAAGGACCAACUUUAAGUUGUUUUUAAGUAUGCAACAUAAAACAGAUUAACUAUCA